AUGGCAGAGUCCGAGCUUGGUUCAUCCUUUAUCCCAGCCCUUCACAAGCCGUCUGCUCUCUUGCCCAUAGCGAAGCAUCGGCAGAGCCUGCUCUACCUGGUCGAGACUCGCCAGGUCACUAUCGUUGUUGGGCAGACCGGAAGUGGAAAGACAACGCAAAUACCUCAAUUUCUCGAGAAGGCUGGCUGGUGCGCUAAUGGCAAAGUCAUCGCCGUCACACAACCACGUCGCGUAGCUGCAACAACUGUAGCCGUCAGGGUAGCCGAGGAGACGGGCAGUGAGCUGGGCAAAGAGGUGGGAUACUCCAUCCGCUUCGACGAUGUCUCAUCGGCAGCGACCCGCAUCAAGUUUCUGACGGAUGGAUUGCUCAUCCGCGAGGCCCUUGUUGAUCCGCUAUUGUCUCGUUACUCCGUCAUCAUGGUCGACGAGGCGCAUGAACGGUCAAUUUCAAGCGUGGUGAGACGCAAGGGCACGAUCAGCCCCAGGUCACAGGUGCCAUCAUCAGUAUUGAGGGCCGGACAUAUCCCAUUUGAUAUACUCUACCUGGAAUCACCUGCUGAAAACUAUGUUGAAAAGGCCGUCAGUACCGUGCUCGAAAUCCACGCCAAAGAGCCAAAAGGCGAUAUCCUUGUCUUCCUAACAGGAAGAGACGAGAUCGAGUUUGCAAUCAAUGCAGUCGCGCAGCGCUCUACGCAGUCAGAUCCGGCAUCGCAAGUCCUGCCGUUACCACUGUAUGCUGGGCUCUCGACAGAACAACAGAUGUAUGUCUUUGCGCAGGCACCAGACAACACGAGAAAGGUCAUCUUUUCGACGAACAUCGCCGAAGCUUCGGUCACAAUCGACGGUAUUACCUACGUGGUGGAUUCUGGUUUUGUCAAAGAGCGUGCUUACAACCCAAUAUCCGGCAUUGAAACACUGACAGCGGUUCCCACCUCCAAAGCAGCAGCUUCUCAGAGAGCGGGCCGAGCAGGCAGGACAAGACCGGGAAAGUGCUAUAGACUCUACAAGGAGGAGACAUACAUGGGUUUGCCCGAUGCCAACGUACCAGAAAUCCAGAGAUCAAACCUAGCGCCGUUUAUACUGCAGCUCGGGGCUCUUGGAAUCACCAACUUCCUGCGGUUCGACUUUCUGACACCACCUCCGGCUGAGUUGAUGUCCAGGGCCCUCGAGCUACUUUAUUCGCUUGGUGCCUUGGACGACUAUUGCAAGUUGACGAGACCGCUGGGAAUGCGGAUGGCAGAACUGGCGGUGGAGCCGAUGAUGGCCAAAACCUUGCUCUCUGCCACUCUGUUUGGAUGCGUCAGCGAGAUAAUAACCAUAGCAGCCAUGACGAGCAUUGGAGGCAGCGUGUGGGUUCAGAAUGAUGCUGACCGGCAGAAGGAGCUAGAAAGCUCGAGGCGGAAGUUCGCAGCGGAGGAAGGCGACCACCUCACUCUUCUCAAUGCAUAUCAGGCUUUUGUGAGCACGGGGCGGAAGGAGGGCCGUUUCUGCCAUGACAACAACCUCAACUUCAAGGCUAUGACCCGUGCAGUCAGUAUAAGAGCACAGUUGAAACGGCGUCUUGAGCGAUUCGGCAUCAAUAUGGAAGAGUCGCUCGCAGUCAAGCACACCACAGACAACGAUCCAGCGAGAAAGGCUGAGCAAAUAAGACGCUGCCUUACCACAGGAUAUUUUUCACAGGCGGCGAGAAUGGUACCCGAUGGCACGUUCCGCACCAUCGACGGUGGAACGGUCCUCCAUGCCCAUCCGAGCAGCAUCAUGUUUAAUAGGAAGGCUGAUUGGGUCAUUUUCACGGAAGUCAUGGAAACCGCCAACAAAACGUUCAUCCGAGAUAUCUGCAGGAUUGAGAAGGGCUGGCUGCUUGAGUAUGCACCCAAUUUCUACCAGCUCAAGAAGUAA